AUGACAAUGAUGCAAGAUGAUAUCAUUUGGAGUGUUCUAAAGAACCAGUUUUGUUCUUUUAAAACAACAUUCAAUAAAGCAAGAUAUUGUAGAAAUCAAUUCAAUGCAACUGGUUUGUGUAAUAAGGGAUCAUGUCCUUUGGCAAACAGCAGAUAUUGUACAGUUCGUGAAGAGGAGGGUGUUUGCUAUCUCUAUAUGAAGACAAUCGAGCGUGCACAUCAACCUGCCAAGCUCUGGGAGAGAAUUAAAUUGGACACCAACUUUAUGGAGGCCAUCGAUCAAAUAGACAAGCAUUUGGAAUAUUGGCCAGAGAAAUUAAUACAUAGAGCCAAACAAAGAUUUAUUAGAAUUACCCAAUACUUGAUUAGAAUGAGAAAACUUAGAAAAGAAGUCAGACGUGAAUUGGUUCCAAUUCAAAAGAAGGCUGAUAGAAGAGAUGCCCGUCGUGAACAAAAGGCUAUGGUUGCUGCUCAACUUACAGUUAAUAUUAAGAAGGAACUUUUAGAAAGAUUAAAGAAGAAAACAUAUGGAGAUUUGUAUUACUUCCCAGAAAAGGUAUUUAAUGAAGUAUUGGAGGAAGAUGGUGAACAAGAUGAAAUGAACAGUGAAGAAGAGGAAGAGGAAUUCGAAGAGGAGAUGGAAGAAGGUGGUGCCACCGAGUAUGUCGAUGGCGGCUCUGACGAAGAAUUCUACGACGACGAUGAAGAUGACGAAGACUAUGAUGACAUUGAAGGUGGAGAUUACGCAAACGACUACCAACAAGAUAGUGACGAAGACAAUGAAUUAUAUGAAGAAUCAGAUGCAGAAUCUGAUGAAGAUGAUGAUCAACCAAAAACUAAAUCAUCAUUCAAGAGAAGUUUACCAAAAGCAAGAUCCAAGAAAGACGGACCACAAACAAAGAGAAAGGCUAGAAUCGAUAUUGAAUAUGAAACCGAACAAGAAACAACCUCUACUACCAACACCAACAAUUGGUAA